AUUUUCAUUCAGUAUUACCUGAUGUGGAAAAAGCCAUUGAAAAUUGUUCAUUUUUGAGUAUAGACUGUGAGUUAACUGGCUUGUAUUCAGUUCGCAAUAUAAACUCAUUCGAUACGCCAUGUGACUAUUAUGAAAAAAUGCGAAAUAACUCCAAGGAUUUUUUGGUAAUACAAUAUGGACUCAGUACUUUCAGAUAUAGUGAGGAAGACCAGAAUUUCAAGCAACAAACCUACAAUUUUUAUAUUUUCAGAAGACCUCUGAACAGAAAUAUCCCAGAUCAAAGAUUUUUGUGUCAAUCUUCUAGUAUAGACUUUUUAAUCUCUGAAGGGAUGGAUUUUAAUAAAUUAUUCAGGGAAGGUAUUUCAUAUCUUAAUGAAAAUGAGAAGUCUAAGUAUGAAGCUAAUUUGGAAGAGGCUCAUAAAAAAAAAUCAGAAACAAUUCAGUCGCAAAAAGAUGGAAAUGAUGAUAAUAUUCCAAUACCAGACAAUGCAAGGCCAUUCAUGACAGAUGUUGCAGAGCAGAUAGAAUUAUUUUUACAAGGGGAUCAAACCGAAUUGCAACUUCCUAAAUGUAAUGCAUUUUUGAGAAAAUUGGUGUAUCAAAUGAAAAAGGAAAAAUUUGACAAAAAAAUAUUUUUGGAAACCAGACAAAUUGAGAAGGAUAGGAUUUUGGUUGUAAAAAGAGCCAUGAGCCUGGAAGAGGAGAGAGAAAAUCAUGAGAAAAACUAUGAAAGUCAACUGAAAGAACUUGACGAUUUCAUAGGUUUCACAAAAGUAUUGAAAGCAAUUGUAAAGUCUGAGAAACUUGUUAUUGGUCAUAAUUUAUUGUUGGACUUCCUUCAUAGUAUAAAUCAGUUUUUAGUACCUUUACCAGAUGAUUACGAAGAAUUUAAAGAAAUGGCUCAUAAUCUUUUUCCAAGGGUGAUAGAUACAAAGUAUAUGUCUAGUUCAGCUCCAUUUGAUGAUCUAAUAUCUUCAAGUGUAUUGAACCAAGUUUUGGAUAGAGUUUCAGAAGAACCUUUCCAAAUUCCAGACAUAGUGAUUGAAGAUGGUGGCCAGGGAUAUAAAGUCUCUGAUAAGAAGGAACACGAAGCUGGUUAUGAUGCUUUUAUAACAGGAGUCAGUUUUUUGUCUAUGUGGAAAUAUUUAG